AUGGGCCUCCUGAAUCUCCAGUCAGUUGUUGUGAGUUCUAAUUUUACAAUUAAGGCUGACAUAGGUGUGUCGUAUAAUGCUAAGUUAGACUUCAUUCAACAGAAAUAUGUUCCUAAAUCUCCCUUUUCCUGUUUCAGAUCAGGCUUCAAGAUGCAAGAUUUACUAAGAAGAUCUGCAGCAUGUCUUUGUAUUGUGUUUGUUCUUGGAGCAGCAUUUGUCAUGAUGGAAUUUUCUUCAAUCAUUAUAAGAAAUCGACAAAUAGUAAAAAAGACAAAAGUUCCGACUGAGAUAAAAUCUCUCCCUGGACAAAAUAAAUCCAGUCAAGUAACGAGAUCCACAAUCUGGCCCGUCAGCACUAGACCAGCUCCCACACAUUAUCUUACUGUCAAUUUUGAAGGACGGCUUGGGAAUCAAAUAUUUGAAUUUGCCUCAAUGUUUGGGAUUGCCAAGCAUAACAAUCUCAUACCUAUUAUUCCUCCCAAUUCUCUACUUCGUAGAAUUUUCAAGAUAUCUGUGGACAAUACAAGGUCUGAUAUCAAACUCACCAGACGGUACCAUGAGAAGAAAGGUUGUACCUUUGAGCCAGCCCUGAUGUCACUUGGUGGGUUUCAGAAUGUGUGGAUAAAAGGAUACCUUCAGAGCUGGAAAUACUUUCAACACAUAGAAAAGGAACUCAGAAGGCAAUAUACAUUUCAAGACCAUAUAGCAUUAAAAGCCAAAUCCACAUUCCAGUCGGUUAUCUCAGAAAAGAAAAUCACCUCGGACACGGUCUUUGUGGCUGUUCAUGUCCGUAGGGGGGACAUGAAAACUAACCAAAACUUUGUGAACUAUGGAUAUACCACGGCAGGUAUUGAUUACCUUGAAAGAGCCAUGAACACAUUCCGCAAAGACUUUAACAACAUACUCUUUGUUGUGGGAUCUGACGAUCUGAAAUGGUGUAGGGAGAACUUGAAGAAGGAUGAUACCGUAUUCAUUCCUCCAGGAAGUUCCCCUGAAAUGGAUGUGGCAAUACUGACCAACUGUAACCACGCGGUGAUGACCGUCGGGAGUUAUGGCUGGUGGACGGCAUGGCUCAUCAAUGGUAGAACUAUUUACUACAAAGGAUAUCCUACGCCUAAGUCUAGUCUGGCAGCUUUAUUCAAGGCUGAAGAUUACUAUUUGCCUCACUGGGUUCCUAUGUGACAAGUUUUCAAUUCUUUUUACAAGCUUACGUACAUAAAUUUAUGCAAUUCUUAAAGUGAUUGCCUUAGCUCAAUCCACAAAACUAAGUUUCUGUAUCCUUAAAGUAUUACACUUACACAGACAGAUCAUUACACAUACAGGUCAUUGCACUGACACAGACAGGUCAUUACACAGACAGAUCAUUACACUGACAGGUCAUUACACAUACAGGUCAUUACACUGACACAGACAGGUCAUUACACAGACAGAUCAUUACACAGAUAGAUCAUUACACUGACAGGUCAUUACACAUACAGGUCAUUACACAGACAGAUCAUUACAUAGACAGGUCAUCAGACAAAAAAAAAUCAUUACACAGAAUCAGACAGGUCAUUACACAGAAGGUCAUUACACAGAAGGUCAUUACAAAAACAGGUCAUUACAAAUACAGGUCAUUACACAGAAUCAGACAGGUCAUUACAGACACAGACAGGUCAUUACACAGAUAAUUGAGAAGUAACUAAAAGUUCAACAGACUUGUAAAAAUAAUUGUAAGAAAGUGUACAGAGCUUUAAUUCAUGAUUUGGAUAACUACAUACAUAUUCUACACAAUCCAUAGCUUUAUUAGCUCACCUGAGCCCAAGGUUCAAGUAAGCUUUUCUGAUCAAAAAUGUUCAGAUCAGUCUGUCUGUUGUAUGUUGUCUGUAAAUUUUUCACAUUUUCAACUUCGUCUCCAGAACCACUGGGCCAAUUUCAGACAAACUUGCCACAAAGUAUCCUUGGGUGAAGGGGGGUGUAAGUUUGUUUACAUGAAGUGCCACACCUUCUCUCAAGGGUGAUAAUUAAGAACUCAUUAAAAUUUGGUGGCAUCAUUUAAAAAUCUUCUCAAGAACCACUGGGCCAGUAAAAAUAAAACUUAUUUAAAAGCUUCAUUUCAUACUGUAGAUUCAAUUUUCUUCAUAUCAUGACCCCCAAGGGUAGAGUUGAGCCAAGAACAGCAGAGUCAUUAAUAGUCAUUUUAAUUUAGAAUAGUCCUCAGGUAGUGUAGAUUCAAGUUUGUCUAAAUCAGGACCCCCUGGGGAUAGGGUGGAACACAACAGGGGAUCAAAGUUAUACAUAGAAAUACGUGUAUAGAGGAAAUAUCUUUUAAAAUCUUCUACUCAAGAACAGCAGAGCCGCGAUCAGUCAUAUUUAUAUGGAAUCAUCUUCAGGUCAUGUAGAUUAAAGUCUGUUCAGUCAUGACCCAUGGGAGUAGGGUUGGACAGAAAUGGGGAAUCAAACUUUAACACAGGGAUAUAUACGAGAAGUCUUUAAAAAUCUUUAUCCCAGGAACAGCAAAGCCAUGAUUAGUCAUAUUUAUAUGAAGCAUUGUAGAUUCAAAUUUGUUCAAAUCAUGACCCCCAAAAGUAGGCCAGGGCAACAAUGGGCAUUCAAAGUUCUUCAUAGGAAAACAUUAGAAAAAUCUUAAAAGUCCUCUUCUCAAGAAAAGCAUAUCCAUGAUAGGUCAUAUUUCUUUAUAGAAGCAUCCUCCUGCAAUGUAGAUUGAAGUUUGUUCAAAUCAUGACCCCCCUUGGGUACGGUGGGGCCAUUAUAUGUGAUCAAAUUUUUACAUAAGAAUAUGUAGGAAAAAGAAUCUGCUGAUGAAGAACAGAAGGGCCAAAGUUACUCAGGUGAGCGUUGUGGCUCAUUGGCCUCUUGUAUAUUCAUAAAAGCAGCAUUAAGUGCAGUUCUUUUAAAGCAUAUCACAUACUGUAAAUAAAGCGAGUUUUUUUUUAUAGGUUCAAUAAAAUACAGUUGAACUUCGAUAUCACGAACACUGAUAUCUCGAAUACCAUGGAUAUGUCGAAUUGAUUUGGAAGUCCCAACUACUAAUUCUUUAAAUAUUUUACCCUCAAUAUCGAAAAUCCUUGGAUACCUCGAAGUUUUUUCUCAGUCCAAUCAAGUUUGAGAUAUCGAGGUUUGACUGUAGUUGUGGGAUAGUUUAUGUUCAGCAGUCUGUUAGGGAUAUUAUUAUAAACAUUUUUUUUUUUUAUAAUACUCUGCUUUAAGUUUUAUGUAUACUGCAUGUAGACCCACCAUAGUUUGCUUCGGUGAUGAAUCCAGAUUUGUGUGAAUGCCUUAUACAUGAACAUCAUGGAGUAUGAUUAAUGCAAAUUCAAUUUUAUUUCAUGAAUACUUUAUAAUGUUUUACUUUAAGAAAUCUAUUGUGAAUAAUACACUGGUGUAAAUAUUGAAGAAAAGUGUGCAAUUUUUUUAGAUAACUUAUUGAAAAGUUUAUUAUCUUUUAAUUUAUAUUUUUUACAUAUUUAUCCAAUGUUAUUUAACCCAGACAAUUUGAUCCAAGCUUACUUUGGUCUGAUACCGUAAAUCACUUUGUAUUUGUGAGAAUUUUAUUUUUGCAUAAUCAUGUGAGACUGUCAGCUCAUGAAAAUUUUAUUCUCGUGUAUAUUUGUAAUAUGGAAGAUUACAUAGUUCAAUGACCGAAAUUCAUGAAAAUUUUGUCUCGCUAAUAGAAACCAGCAAAAAUAAGGUGUCACAAAAAUUAAAGUGAUUUUCAGUAGUUCUUUGUUUACUUUGGUGUAGUUAUAGGCUCAUCUUAAGAUGGGACAUACUGUAUGUCUGUCUGUCUGUUAGCUUUUUCAUGUCUGGCUCAUAACUAAAGUACUAUGAAGCCUAGAAUAAUUAAACUUUAUAAGCUGAUACAUCUUUGGUAGAAGGUGCCUUGCACAUUAAAAAUAGGUUGCUGUGACCUUAAAUUGAGAUGAUGUGGCCAAAUAUGGAAAAAUUCUGUCCAUCUUAUAACUGGUAAACUAUGAGACCUAGAAUCCUAGAACUUGGUGAACUAAUGCAUGUUCAAUAGAAGGUGUGUUGCAUCCUACUUAAAGGUCGCCGUUGCCUUUAAUUCAGGUAGGCUAUAGCAUUGCUCUUCAUUGAUAAAAAAUACAAUGAACAAAGCUGCAGGUGGGCAUUUGUAAAAUUUUUACACAACCAGUUUAGAAAUAUAUGAUGUACUAUUUGUUCUAAAUAAUAUCUACAAAAUAGGAAAUGCACAUCGAACAUCAGGAAUAAAAAAAUAAAUCAUUGAAAUCUUUGUACCAAGGAUGACAUGAUUUUCUUCCUUGCACUCUAA